AUGACCGUCCCUCUACCCAUCGUCACCCCUCUCGCGCACCCUUCGUCCGGCCCCUCCUCCCUCUCCGGCCUCGGCGCGACCGUCACCCACCUCGACCUCGCGGCCCUGUUCGACCCUGCGCACCGCACGCCAGGCAAGGCGCGCUCGACGCCCCAGUUCAAGGCGCUCGAGGACGCCGUGUACCGGUACAAGGUCGUCGUCGUCAAGCACCAGGACCGGCUCGCGCCCGAACAGCAGUACGAGGUCGUCAAGGCGUUUGACCCGGCAGCGCAAGGCGAGCAAGGCCACAACAACGCAACCGUCGAGCACAAGGGCCAGAAGUCGCUCCUGUUCGGCAUCGGCAACGCGAUCGGCACCCACCCCGAGGUCAAGCUCGUCGGCGGCGGCAUCCAGAGCGAGCGCUUCGGCGGCAGGGUCCUCAAGCAGGCGGAUCACGUCGCGUACCACAAGCAUCCGCUGUCUGAGACCGAGCGCGAGGCAGGCUUGACGAGGUGGCACCGGUGGCACAUGGACGCCGCCCUGUUCCGCACCUCUCUUCCCCUCGUCACCUCGCUCCUGUGCCUCGCGACGCCCUCGAUCUCGCCCGACGGCGUGCGCAACCCGCGCCUCACGGUCCGGUGGGACGACGGGUCCGGGCUCGAGAUGGAGGUCGACGCGGGCUCGACUGGGUUCGUCGCCGGCACUGCGGUGUACGAGGCGCUGAGCGACGAGGAGCGCAGGUGGUGCGACGAGCGGUUCGUCGAGUACGCGCCUUGGCCUUAUCAGUGGAACGGCCCAACUCGCGGCAACUCGAACGGCCUCGGCACGUUCGACGAGCCGGACAACACGAUGCCGCUCGACGACCUGCCGCCGUGGGACCCGGCCGACGUCAAGACGUACCCGCUCGUGUGGAAGCAUCACCGCACGGGCGACAAGGCGCUCAUGGUCCACUCGGUCGCCGUGCGCGCCAUCCACCAUCCGCCGAGCGGCACCUCGAUUACGUCGCUGUCCGAGAUCCGCUCGCGCCUCGCGGCGCUGCAGCGCAAGGCGUUCGUGCCCGAGCGCAUCUGCGCCCACGCGUACGAGGUCGGCGACUUGGUCAUCUUCGACAACCGAGCGGUGUACCACUCGGCGACCGACUAUCCCGACCGUUUCGGGACGAGGACGAUGCUGCAGGCCCACGUCGCAGCCUCCUUCGACCCGAAAUAGCCUCGUCGUCGACCUGCAGCACUCGCAAUCGAGCAGCAGAUGUGCCAGCCGC